UACUGUACAUGGCCAUUGAUGCUGCUGGAUAGAUGUAGCCCCUGAUGUAAAUAAGAAUGGCGAGGGCAGCAGGUCUAACAUGCCGCGUUAUCUCUGCUUGACAUCGGAACAUUUUGAUGCCACCAUCGGGAUCUUGUUUUUACAAAACGCGGGGGCCUUUUCUCGUUUUCAUCUGCCUUGACAGCUCGUCUGAUGAUUUUCAUUUGACACAAGAGCCAAAGCAGACGGGCGGCUUCUUCUAAUAAACACUCGGGAAAAACAGGUCAUUAUGACCUUAGUAUCCUCCAGUAACAGAAAACCAUCGGAUUGUUUUUACGCGGCAGCAUUCUGCUUGCAUUUUUUGCUUUGGAUUUCGUGUGCUGUGUCCGGAGAGGAGGAUCAUCACUUCAGCGUUGAGGGAUGGCUACAGAGGUAUGGCUACCUUCCCCGCACAGAACCGGGAAUGUCCGUCCUGCGCUCGGCCCAAACCAUGCACUCAGCCAUUGCUGCCAUGCAGCGCGUCUACGGUCUCAAUGUCACAGGGACACUGGAUGAGAAAACCAAGGACUGGAUGCAAAAGCCUCGCUGUGGAGUUCCAGACAAAUUUAAAAGUGCCGCGAGGUCACGGAAGCGGAGGUACGCGCUGACAGGACAGAGGUGGCAGCGGGCACACAUCACCUACAGCAUAAAAAAUGUCACACCCAAGGUGGGCCCCCGGGAGACUCACGAUGCCAUCCGGCGGGCGUUUGACGUGUGGCAGGGUGUGACUCCUCUACGAUUUGAGGCCGUUCCAUACAGUGCACUGGAGACUGGCAGGCGUGACGUGGACAUCACUAUCAUCUUCGCUUCGGGUUUUCAUGGUGACAGCUCACCCUUCGAUGGGGAGGGGGGAUUCCUCGCACACGCCUAUUUCCCGGGCCCAGGCAUAGGAGGGGACACGCACUUUGACUCAGAUGAGCCCUGGACCCUGGGGAAUCCCAACCACGAUGGUAACGACCUGUUCCUGGUUGCGGUGCAUGAGCUGGGCCACGCUCUCGGUCUGGAACACUCGAACGACCCCACCGCUAUAAUGGCUCCUUUCUACCAGUACAUGGACACAGAGAACUUCAAACUACCUCACGAUGACCUACAGGGCAUCCAGAAAAUCUAUGGUCCACCAGAUAGAGCACCACAGCCGACCAGGCCCCCACCUACGGUCCCUCCUCCUCGCUUCCACCCUCCCUCAGACCCCCGUAAGCACGACCGCCAUGCCAGACCCCAUCGCCCUCCACAAGGAGCCAAGCCCUCCAACCCAAACUCCAAACCUAACAUCUGUGACGGGGGCUUCAACACCCUGGCCAUCCUUCGACAGGAGCUGUUUGUGUUCAAGGACCAGUGGUUUUGGAGGGUACGGGACAACUCUGUCGUUCCUGGCUACCCCAUGCAAAUCAACUACUUCUGGAAAGGCUUGCCUCCCAAAAUUGAUGCUGUGUAUGAAAAUAGUGAAGGGAAGUUUGUCUUUUUCAAAGGAAACCGUUUCUGGGUCUUCAAGGACACAACUCUCCAGCCUUCGUACCCUCAGGACAUUUCGCUGUUCGGGAGCGGCAUGCCCACUCAGAGUAUUGAGACAGCUGUCUGGUGGGAGGAUGUCGCCAAAACCUACUUCUUCAAAGGAGACAGGUACUGGAGGUACAAUGAGGACAUGAGGACCAUGGAUCCAGGUUAUCCCAAACCCAUCACCGUCUGGAAGGGCAUCCCUGACUCUCCACAGGGGGCUUUUGUGGAUAAGGCCAACGGUUUCACCUACUUCUACAAGGGAAAGGAGUACUGGAAGUUCAACAAUCAGAUGCUUCGUGUGGAGCCCAGCUACCCGAGGUCCAUCCUGAGGGACUUCAUGGGCUGUGACGGUUUACCCGCCGACCCUGACUGGGACUGGAGCCCCCCGGUGGCGGAGGAGCGCCACUAUGACAACGGCGACGUGGACGUCGUCAUCAAACUGGACAGCGCUGGGGGCACGGAGAAAGCUGUGGCCAUCGCUAUCCCCUGUGUCCUGGCGCUGUGCAUGAUGGUCCUCCUCUACACCGUUUUCCAGUUCAGGAGGAAGAGCACGCAGCGCCACAUACUGUACUGCAAGCGCUCCAUGCAGGAGUGGGUGUGAGGCUGUUCGCACUGUAUAGAGAAGAGUGUGAAGCUCUGAUAGAGGCCUAGUUAUUACUUGAAGCCCUAAGUACAGUAAUUGGAAGCACUGUAAAGGGUGCGCUACAUAAGGAUUGCCAUGUUGGCAGAUUUUAAAACGGCUUGAACUCAUAACAAGCUGAGAGGAAGCGAAACGAUCAGCAGAACUUGACAGUAAGGGAGCCACAUCUCCUGUGUCCUACUAAUAUGUAUGUAUCUGCUUUGACUUUUUUUCUGUAUUUUGGAAUGAACUCAAUUAAGGGAGACAGAGUUAAGCUACUGUCAGUGGGACCUUUGUCUAUCCUCGUCUCUGCACGCCGCUUAAAAAGCCCCUAGCACUAACUUCAGUGGACAAAUUAGAUAUAGGCUUCUACUUUACUUUCAUUUCUUAAUUAAAAAUCGCUCUGAGCUGUGCUUUUUUUUUCAUUUAGGGUCCCUGUAAAAGAUUAUUCAUUGUGUGGAGGACUGAUACACAAACCAAAUAUGACCUUUUCUUCCAAAGAGGAUUACUGCUCGAUGUUGUUUUUGAUGGGAUAUUUUCCCUUCAUGGAUCGAACAUUGUGGCAUCAAGAUUUUCUUUUUCGCCGUUGGUAUUCACGUCCACCCAUCUGCUCUGUAAUCUGUGGGGAAAGGAAGCAGCCGUUAGUAAGAGCUGGGAACUCAAGACUGUUGUGGCAGUGUAUCUCCAAAAAUGGGGGCCAAAAACCUCUCUUGCAAUAUUUAUGAGACUGCCUUAAUCACAGAUUGCUUAAACUCCCUUCUCUCUCUCUCUGUUUCUCUGGUGUGGAUACUGAAUGACACAGUAGGAGUGUAAACAGUGUAAAAAGGCAUUCAUUACUGCCCAUAAUGCAACUUCAAAACCACUAGUUAAGGACAGUUUGAUCCACAGUGGGUUCAUUGCUCUUGAAAAUGUGCUAAGCAGUGCUAAAUAGCUGACAGCAAGCCGGCUAUCAGCUUUCAUUUACUGCCUCACCGGAGGGGAUGAGAGAGAACGGGAAGGUUAGUUGUGCGUGUGUGUGUGAGUUUGUGUGUGCGCGUUAGAGACAGUAAUUACCCACACUAUAUAUGUACUGUACUGCGCAGUAGUGUCAGUUAUUGAACAGCUAAUAUCCCGCUUUCCUAUUUUUCCUGACAAGUUUGGAUGCAAAUACUCCAAACAGUGUCAGUCCAUGUGUUUUAAACAAUGUCCCUAAUCCAUGUUUUGUUGUUUUCUUUUCAACUUUUGUACAAGGUUUGUAGGUUUACAUAAUAUUUCACAUGGCAAAGGACACAGAGAGCUACAGGAGAGAAGAGAAAGGAGGAACCUGAGACCCUGUCUACACGUGUACAGAUAUUUUUGAAAACAGACAUUUUCUUUAAUGUUUUGGCUUCUCAUCCACAUGCAAAUGUUGUUUUUGGUCACUAAAUAUCAAUGUUCAUUUGUUGCUUCUUUUCCACGAACAUGGAACCAGUUCAGUUCCAGUUCCAGCACCUAACUUUAAACCCUUUGGAGCAUUUCGACCAAAAAAUAAAUUUGUUUAGAACCCAUAAAAUUGGUUUCCAGCUGAAACAAAAAAAAGCAGGAUUUUCUUUAGGGUUAGGGGCUUGAUAUGUAGACAUGAUUGUCCACUGAACAAGUGUCAAUAUUUGACAAGUUGGGAUGAGAAAGUGUUGUCGAGUAGGAUUGUUGUCAAUGAGGACUGGAAGGAAAUCUCCAAUAGUUGUUUUGAAAAAGGUGACGUUCGCCUGGGUCAUUUUUGUGCUCUAGUGUGGAUAAAAAUAUUUUGUGAAAUGAAGGGCGUGUGUCUGUAUCUGUAUAAUGUUGACAGGGCCUGAGACUUAGACUGUAUUUCUCUUUUUUAAAAAAAAAAAAAAAUC